AUGCACUGGCUCCACUAUCUGAUGGAAACGGAUCCCCAUCUGCACCUCCAGCACGCCAGGAAUGGCGGUGAAAAAGAGUUCACGUGUGGAGGGGGUCAACAUCGGUACACCGUGGAUGGCUACGAUCCAGCGACAGGCACCGUCUACGAAUUCCUGGGCUGUUUCUGGCAUGGGUGCCAGACCUGUCACAAGACCCAACGUGGAGAACCGCAUCCCGUCCUGGGCUCGUCGUUGGGAGCCCGUUACACCGACACCCACUACCGCUUGAGUCUCUUGAGUCAACACCCUGAGGUGAAACGGAUCGUCACCCUGUGGGAGCACGAGUUUACGAAAAUGCAACGGGAGGACUCCGCACUGCGUGCUUUCUUGCAGGGCCCCCACUGUAUCCACGUCCCCGGGCCGCUCAACCCUCGCGACGCCUUCUAUGGAGGACGCACCAAUGCGACGCGAUUAUGCUACGAAGCCCAAGAAGGUGAAACCAUCAAGUACAUCGAUAUUUGUUCCCUUUACCCCUACAUUUGUAAGACCGGAGCGUUUCCCACGGGACACCCGACCCUUCUCCAUCAACCCCCUGUGGACACGUUGUUUGAACUGAAAGGCCUGAUCCAAUGCCGUGUCUUACCCCCGAAACGACUUUACCAUCCGCUACUGCCUAACAGAUCGGGUGGCAAACUGCUCUGUCCUUUGUGCCGCACGUGUGCCGACACCCGGUCAGACUCCCCCUGCGAGCACACGGACGAAGAGAGGUCAUGGGUGGGGACGUACGCAACCGUAGAACUCCAGGAAGCCGUGAAGAAGUAUGACUACCGGGUGCUUCAGAUCUACGACGUAUGGCAUUUUGACACCUUUGCACAGCAUGACCCCGACACCCAGCAAGUGGGACUCUUUGACACUUACAUCGAUCGACAUUUCAAGGAGAAGCUCGAAGCCAGCGGAUACCCCGAAGGAUGUACGGAUCACGACGCGUACAUCCAGGAGAUCUACGACAAAGAAGGCAUUGGGUUGGACAAGGACCGCAUCGAAAAAAAUCCAGGACGUCGCACGAUUGCCAAGAUGCAACUGAAUUCGCUCUGGGGCAAGUUUGGGCAACGGGUAGACUACAGUCAGAACGUGUAUAUGAACGAUCCUGUACAGUACUUUGCCUUGUGGAGGGAUGAACGCAAUACCAUCGAGGAUGUGGUCGUGGUCAACGAACACAUGGUGGAAGUGACCUAUACCCAGCAGAAAGAAUUCCAAACCCCUCAUUCUCAUUUCAACGUCGCCAUCGCUGCUUGGGUCACCGCCCAAGCACGUCUCAAGCUGUACGAGACCCUUGCCCUGGUGGACCGCAGGGUCUUGUACUUUGACACGGACAGCGUCAUUUACAUUCAUCGACCCCACGACGCGAAUCCAGAGCUGGGUCAUUCGUUGGGCGAGUUUACGGAUGAACUGGACGGAAACACCAUCAAGACGUUUGUGUCGGGAGGCCCCAAAAACUAUGGCUACGAGUUAAUGAACCCCAGACCCGAUGGAACGCGCAUGACCUGCAAAGUGCGAGGGUUCACUUUGAAUUACCGAAACCAACGCCAUCUCAACUUUGACACCAUGAAAGGACUGAUACUGGGACAACGGCCUGGGAAAGAGGAGGAGAAAAUCAGUUUGGAUUACCCUCAUCAGAUCAUUCGAAAAGGCCCUCGGCACGAAAACGCACUCGUGACCCGACCCACCCGAAAAGACUAUCAUACCGUGUACGACAAGCGACGCAUCGUCUACGACGACAUCACAGGGCUACCUGUAGACACGCUCUCCUUUGGGUACAGAGACGACUUUCACUAA